AUGAGGCAGUAUGACAGUUUAAGCGUCAGGAAGGCGAAGAAGAGCGAAAGCAUAGCUAGCUAUAACAGGAAAGUUGCUUCGCUAAGCAGAUUUUCAAGUCGAGAAAAUAAAGCAAAAGGUUUGAAAGUAGACAAAUGGGACGAUGAAGAUAAACUACAACUGUUUGAAAAACGGGUUCUGCAUAAAGGAGUUAGUGAUAAGAAAAAGAUACCUACUCUUUUGAGAAGAGUCCACACGAAGCCACAUGCUAGUAUGGGAAGACCUACCACGCUGCUCAGGAAUGAAGAACGGUGUGCCAGUAUGAAUAUGGGCAGCCCCAAGGGGUGUAACGUGUAUAGAGCUCAAACAAUGACAAAAAGUAUGUGUCGUAGUAGCAACAUGAAACGAAUCGACAUUUCGGAAACCGCGAGCAUUAUCACCAAGUUAAGCCAGAAAAAGAAAGGCACAUUGAAAAAAAACACAAAGUGUGAAAUACAAGAGGAAGCAAAGAACAGCCCUAAGCAGCCAGCCCAAAUGGGAAGUGAAAUGCCCAGGGAGACUUACCAUACAGAGGUUCUUAACAAAACCCAGUGCAGUCAAACAUACGCGCCUGAUGUGUUAACCACAAAUUUAAGGAGGGAGGAAGGAAUAAUUUUUCAAAACACACAGAUUCCCGCUUGGGAAAGUAAAACGAGUGAAUGUGACAAAAUAAAUUGCACACGGACUAACAGGGAUAACAGUAUGCCUUGCAAAUUUGCAGAGUUCACCAAAUGGAUGGAGGAGAAGCCCGCUGCGAAAAGCAGUGAUUCAACAUAUUUAGAAGGAAUUUUUAGACCUGCUCACAUGGCUAGCUUAUCUUAUCGUGCACAGGAGCACUUUGCAAAGAAUGCCUUGUCAAGCAGUAGCGAUGCAAAUGGGAGAAGGGAGCCAGGGGGGAAGCAUGAACGAAGAAGUAGCCAUGUGGAGGUGGCCCCCACAAACAAACUGAUCAGCCAUUUUGCACACCAUGAUCAUCCGCAUGUUCACCCGCAAAAUCACAGUUUUACGGAAAAUUCAAAGGAGUGUCAAAUAACAAGGGAAGACAAUUAUUGUGCCAAUCGUAAGGAGGACAAAAGUGGAUAUAUUCCAAUGUGGGACAUAAAUAGCCACAAAAUUAUGAGCACAGAUUUUUUGCUUAAGGCCAAAGGUAGUAAGCGUUCCCUCACAGAAAAAAAAAAUAACCAACACACACAAAAGGAGAUUAUCGCGCAUGAGCAUCUUCCCAGUUCGGUUAGCGAAAAGGAGGAUGCCAAGUUCAGCGCGCAUAAGGCCAACACGUCCGAUUUGGCAAUGAAGAAAAAAUCCCCUCGAAGGGAAAUUCCUACCAAUGGGUUAUUCCCUAAUGAGACAACCCCAUUAGAUAUAUCAAUUAAGAAAGUGCUCAAUUCUGAAUACGAAAAAAAAGGACUCAAAAAGGACCACAUCUAUUCGUAUGUCCUAAGUAGCACAAAUAAUAAUCAGGCUAAUUGUACCAGCCAUUCGAAUUAUAACGAAACUAAACUCUGCGAAAAUAGGUCUUUGACAGAUAUUAUGUUUAGAGGGAAAAUAGGAAAUGAAGGGAAACUGCACACAUAUGGUGGAGACCCUUCUAAAGGAAAUUACAAAGCGGAAGAGGCAACUAGGGUUGAUCACACAAACGGCGUGAAAAAUGUCAAUUGUAUAGAAAAACCCAAAUGGAUGAACCUCCCAUAUACACAGAAAAUGAGUUCACGUAAUAAUGGAGAUAUUAUUCAUGCUAAUAGAAAUACCAAAAUUUUGACUUCUCUCGAGUGUGAUACUCAUCCCCCCUUCACUUACACCAACCUCACGCAUGACAUUUCUAAUCAUAAGUUGCCUAGAAGGAAUGGCAAUAUCCACCUGCGCAGUGUGACGAACACAAACGCGUAUUUUAAGAAGAGUGCCAGGGAUGUCAAUAAAUGUAGUACGGAUAAUUUCACCGGAUCGAAAUGUCAAAGUGGUUAUAUGUGGAAAAAUAUUAGUAACCUGCAGGGAGGGGGCGGCACACAAGUCCAUCACAUUGCCCGGGGUGACCAAAUUAGGAGCAACAUCAACGCCGAAAUGGCCACUCAUGGGGUUGGACCCUCCACAUUGGCAACGCAUAGGGUUUUACUCGCCAGCCCCACAUGCAGGCCAAGUGAAUCGCCCUGUUUGAGUGACAGCAGUUCUGGAUUCCCCAAUUUGAACAGACCUAAUUUGGCGAAUAGUUCGUCCGUGGCUCAUCUCCAUCCCAAUCAAGGGAACCAUGUAGAAUAUGUAAGUGGGAUCCCUCACCAGUUCCAUCCUCCCAAAAUGACGCGAAAAGAAAACCAACCCAUUUGCACUACCAUGAUGAAUAAGGCAACAGCGAAUGGACCCCCCCAAAUUAGCCGAACUAAUGAGGUUAGUCAACACACAUACAACAGUGUGUUAAGUGGAUCCAUAAAUACGACCCCAAAUAAUUACCAGAAGCUUAAAAAAAUAUAUAUAGAUCACAGUAUGAGUGAAAUAAAACACGUAAACGGGUAUGUUUUAAGGGAGAGCAAUCCUAAUGUGGAGUCCGGCAUGUCAACAUGCAUCUCGCAGGAUGGUGCAAGGACAAUGGAAAAAACGAGGGUAGAGAGUUUCCUAAAAUUUGAGCAGGAACCACCGAUUGUUAAGAAUGAAAAAAAUGUAAGUGAAAUGUCAGAGGGUGAAAGUGUGCACCAAGGGAAGGGCUAUAUUCCGAAGAUGGUCUUAGCGGAUGAACCCUCCGUGGGGGAGUGUAAAAACGUCAGUCCCAACGGGGCCAUGUUUAAUAUUCGAUCCUGUGCAAGUGGCAAUGUGAAGGGAGACGUGUGGAAAGAGCAAGAAGUUUGUAAUAGUAAUCCCUUCACUCUUAAAGACAACCACCAUUCUGAAGAUAAAAGCAAACGAAUAGACAUGGUAGUUUAUCCUAAUGGUACUCUUAACAAUGUUACCACAAAAAACAAACAGGGACAAAGCAGUCAUGGUGAAAAUGUGAAUAUCGUUAAGCAGGCACCAAGACAGGGACAGGUAACAAGCGACCCAUUAUAUAAAAUUCCACUGCGAAAUAAAUUCAUCAGUGCGAGUAGCACCAGGGUGAUGCCCAACAGCCAAGUGCGCCAUAGCAACAAUGUGUUCCUCCAGCCUCCAACGUACAGAGGUGUCUGUAAGAGCGCAUUGGGCAAUCAAGCCAGUUUGUCUAUGUCUGGUAUAGAAAAGGAUGGUACAGUAGCUGGGGGUAGUUUUGAAAGAAAGGCGGAAAAGGGGUCCCUUCCAAAUGGACUACCUCCAAACAGCACAGUUAAAUCGGCCCCAGAAAAAUAUUUAACCAACACGCGCACACUACUAAGUAGCAAAAGAGUCGAUAAUGCUACCCUGCCCUUGCUGAGUAACGGCACUGAUAUAAACGUCAUGAAAAAUCAUCCCUCUGGGAAGACGCAACACAGGGUAAGGGAAUAUAUGCAGGAAGGAGUAACUUCCCCGUACGAAGCGGGAACAACGUUGAUCGAUUUGAAUGUGACAAAGGAGAUCCCCAACCGCAAUGGUUUGCCCGUUUGUAAAUCGAUUAGCAACAGUGACAUAUACAACUACUUAAAGAACAAGCACCCACAAACUCUGACUCAUUUUCACCGCACAGUGUCAUACAGGAAUCAGAGCUUGAAAAAGGAGAAGUCCCUUACGGUUUUGUCGCAGAAGGGGGAUAUCAAUGCGGUUGGCGGUUCGAGUGCAAAGGCGAAAGUGUUGGACGGCGCCAAAUGUUGGGAACACGCAAAAGCGAGGGAACAUAUGUUGGACGCUGCGUUCGAAUUAGACUCAAAUCACAGCGUAAAAAAGGCAGUUGUGAUUGGCUGCAACUACAUGAGGGAGGCAGAAGGGGACAGGCUCUACGGAGCAGUUAACGAUGCAUACAUUUUCAGCAGAGUGUUAGUUAAGUACUUUGAUUUUAAACCCGAAAAUAUUUUGUUGCUAACGGAUAGCUUACCUUCAAAUGCGUAUAUAUAUGAAGAUUUUGACAUAAAUAAAAAAAAGUACAUAAGGGAAGGAGGUAGCCAAAAGACAGAAAAAGAGGAAGAAAAAAUAACAAGAAAAAAUUUAUUUCAUUUGUUCAAUACGAGCAGCAUAGGUAAUCAUGAAAAACAGGGUGUAGAAAUAGAGAAGUGCAAUUCGUGCAAAAAUUUUGCUAUUAAAAAUGUCGAUUUUUCAUCCGAAGGUAUCAGCUUGCAUUUGUGGCCUACAAGGAUAAACAUUUUAAAGGCUGUAAAUUGGCUAGUCAGAGACUCCGUACCAUUUGGUUCAUACGUUUUUUAUUUUGCUGGGAAGAGUGUGCAAGUAGAUAACAUGAGUGGAUGGGAAGGGGAAGGGUACGAUGAAGCUUUUCUUUGUUCCGAUCCCUUUAACCGCAUGGUAGAACAGAACGUAUUGACAGCUAUUCAGUUGAAAGAUUUAUUGUUAAGUAUAAAUGCCAAUGCCCAAAUGACUAUCGUUUUGGAUUGCUCUGGUUGCCAAACCAUUUUAGACCCAGCUGGGACAGAGAAUUCUCUGUCUUAUAUAAAAGGUUGUAAGAAGAAGGGCAUAUGGCCAAUUACGAACCCUACCAAUAAGGUACACAAAGCUAUCUACGAUGUGACCAUAAUGAAUAAUGCCAGCAUGAAAAAAUACUUUUGUAAAUCGAGGUACCAUCAAUUGAUAGAAGUAGAAUCCACAGCUGCUAUGAUUGACCCUCUGCUUCAGUCCAGUUCGUCUUUGCCCAUUCCGCCCAAGGCUUACUGCUUCUGUGCAGCUACAUGGGAACAAAUUUCCAUAGAGGGGUUAUUCCCCCUUAUGGAGUUUGCUCGUGUUACGCAGAUUAAGGGGGUUGAUACAUUUGUCCACACGAAGGGGAAGAACAAAGGCUGCAAAAAAAAAGGCCAUGUGAAGGGAAAAACGGGUGGAGAAGAUCCAUCUCGAAAGACAGGAGAACAUUCAGCCAAGAAAAGUGUCUACGAGAAAAAUUUCAGCUUCUCGCUAAAUGUGGUGAGGAUGUUUUUUAACAGUAAUAACGCGGGAGGUAAUAGCGGUAACGAACAUACACAGGGGGCGACUUCCCUUGAGGGGAAGCAAAAGAACGCGCGCAAGGACGAAUGCGGUAGUGAAGCUGUAACGGAGGAGCAUGCGUGCGGCGAAACGGUCAUGAACAGCAACCACAGCGACUGUUCCGAGGAUGUCUCGUGCAGUGCAGAAGGAAGCGAUGUGGAGGAGGAAAAUGACUACGUACUCGUCAGCCACGGAGUAUUCACAUACUGCCUAGUUGAAGCCAUUAUCGAAUUUAAAGAAUCACAAUUGAAAAAUAACAUUUCUGAAAGAAAAAAUCAACCACUCCUACCAAUGACUUUAAAAAACUUAAUAAUGCUUGUGAAGAAAAAAGUGGAAAAUGUAAAAAAUGAAAAAUUAAAAAAAUUAAAUCAAAAACCAGAAUUUACCAUCCACCCAGGAGCUAAUGCUAACAGUAAAAAUUAUUUUAUCCAUUAUUCCAAAAAUAUACAAUUUCAAAAUUAUAAUUUUAAUUUUAUAAAUUCUGACCUGUCUCCUUUUUUAAAUGUUAACAAGGCGUGGGAAGAAAUCAAUAGAAACACCCUGAAGAGUAGGAAGUCCCUGUCCGUCACGUCCACUCUGAUUAAUUUGGCAUCUUCCAAUUAUGCUAGCCAGACAAAUGAGCAAAUGAAAAGUUGCUACUCAAUGAGGUAUUAA